AUGCCGAUAAAUAGGUCACGAUGGCAGUGGUCAACGAGGUCGAAGGCGACAAGCAUCUCCCGCUGUGGUCGACAACUAAACUCCCGACGUCACACAGAAGGCGUGCAGACAGGGGUAGUCGAUAUCGAUGACGACCUCCAGAGUCCACGAAACUGGCCCAACUCAGAGACUGGCUCACGGUGGCCCUCAGCACCGCCUUCAUCUUCCUUACGGACCAAGAUGAGGCACCAGCGUCAGGUGUCAUCGCCCACGGAUUACACAUGGAAUCCCAUCAUGUUCAUCUAUCAGCGGUGCCCGAUAUUUUUGGCCUUAUCGCUGUAUCAUCGACAGUUUAUCACCGGCAUGAUCAGCGACUAUUUCGGGCCGACCGGGAGAGCCAUCGAUCAAUCUGCAUGCUGGAGGGUGAGUUUCUUUGCAACCUCGGCUGCGGCUGCCGUCCUCACUUGCGGAAUUCAGCCUUUAUAG